UCGUUUACUCUGAUUCUAAUGACAAACAGAAGUUUCAGUUCGAUUCUGGACAAGCCAGAGUGUCUUUGUCAGAGCUUACUUUUCAAACCUAAUCAACCUUUUCUCCUUACCUAAUGCUUUUGUGUUCUUAUAUCUUGUUUCUUUGUUCUCCUCUCAGUCUUUUCAUUCCGUUCAAGAAUCUUGUAAGAAAAUGACAAGAACUAUGGCGUUUGGGUUCUGAAUUAUAUAUGGCCGCAAUUCACUACUACCAGCUGAAGCAAGCAAUAUUCUCUUGACAUACAAAACCAUGUUUCCUCGUACUUUGCUCUUGCUACUCUCACUUAUUCUUUUUAAAACAACUCAUGCCCAGCUUCACUUGGACUACUACAGAAACUCAUGCCCAGAUGUGGAAUCCAUUGUUCGAUCUGCGGUCCAAGAGAAGUUUCAGCAAACAUUUGUUACAGCACCAGCCACUCUCAGGCUCUUCUUCCAUGAUUGCCUCGUUCGGGGGUGUGAUGCUUCUGUGCUACUAGCUUCACGGAAUAACAGGGCGGAGAAAGAUAAUCCAGAGAAUCUCUCGCUAGCUGGGGAUGGGUUUGAUACAGUGAUCAAAGCUAAAGCUGCUGUUGAUAACGUGCAGGAGUGCAGAAACAAAGUUUCUUGUGCUGAUAUUUUGGUUAUGGCCACAAGGGAUGUGAUUGCAUUGACAGGAGGACCAUCUUACGCAGUAGAAUUGGGAAGACUUGAUGGGAGGGUCUCUACAAAAGCAAGCGUCAGGCACCAAAUCCCACAUCCUGAUUUCAAAUUGGAAAAACUCGAAGCCAUGUUUGCCACUCACGGACUCACUUUAGUAGAUCUCAUUGCACUUUCAGGAGCACAUACAAUUGGUUUCUCACAUUGCAGCCGCUUCUCCAAGAGACUUUAUAACUUCAAGAGCAAAACCAGGAUUGAUCCCACUCUGAAUCCAGCAUAUGCAAGGGAGCUUCGAGGUAUGUGCCCAGAAGAAGUAGACUCAAGAAUUGCCAUAAGCAUGGAUCAAACUACACCUCAGACAUUUGAUAACGUAUACUACAAGAAUCUCGAACGAGGAAGGGGACUGUUCACAUCUGAUCAAACACUGUUUACUCAUAAAAGAUCAAGAGAUAUUGUUCGCUUAUUCGCAUUCAAUUCCACAGCAUUUGAAAUUGCUUUUGUUGAUGCCAUUACAAAGCUAGGACGUAUAGGGGUCAAGACCGGAAAUCAGGGAGAAAUUAGGGGUGAUUGCACCAUUGUGAACUAGUUGAAAUAUGUCAUUGUUUAA